AUGUCCGGAAAAAAAUCAGGCCUGCUCUCCAGAAUCGGCCGAUUUGUCUUCCUACUGUACACGCAACUUUCAGCCUGCCAAACAGCCGAUGGCAGCAGCACUUUUCGUGGGCUGGGUCAUGUUAACUCCCGGAGGGACACGUUGACUGUGACCUUCGAGCUGAGACCGCCGACCUCUGAAGAUCCUUCUGUAAGCGCGAUAAAGAACAGUAGUAGAAGACGUAAGAAGAAAAGCAUGCAAGAAAUAACGAUCCAGGUCGACCUGCUUCAGGACACGACAGCCCUCCGAUCUCGCACAGGGGACACUGGAAGCGUCCUGUGGAGAGCAAGCAUUGCUCUGGCCGAAGUAAUCCUACAAGAACAACAUUACCCUGCAGGAGAACCUUUUCUGGAUCCGACCGCUCUGGCCAAUGCACACGUACUCGAACUAGGCUCCGGUACCGGACUACUGGGCGUUCUAUUGUCUCCUAUGGUCCGACGAUACACGGUGACGGAUAUUUCAGUGCUGCUGCCGCUGAUUCGCAAAAAUAUCAUUUUGUCCUACCCUGAUUGGCCAAAGCCAUCAGCAAAGGGAGGUAAUAUAACGGUGGAAGAACUCGACUGGGUUGCGCUGCAGUCGAUGCCCUUUGCCGCCCGGGCGAAAUAUGUGCCUUACAUCGACGACGGCUCCCCGGACCUGGUCCUCCUCGUUGAUUGUAUCUACAAUCCUAGUCUCUUGCUGCCCUUGGUCGAGACCCUUGACUACAUUUCUGGUCAUGCGACUACUGUCGUCGUGGUCUCGGAGCUUCGAGCUGAGGAUGUCGUCCGCAGCUUCUUAGAACUCUGGACGACCCGUCCCGGAUGGAAACUCUGGCGCACCGGAAACAGUGUCUUAGGCAUGCCAUAUGUUGUUUGGCUAGGUACCAAGCAGGGCUAA